UUGUGCGUCCUUAGUCCAUACCGGGCACUUACAGAAAACGGAUAUAUGUGUCUUUAGUCCACACCGACAGCUUUUGCCAGACGCAUGUAUGCGUCCAUAGCACUCUAAGAGUUAAUAACUAUUUAUAACUAUAUAUGUAUAGAACGACAAAUAAGCGUCAGUAAGAAUCAUGAGUAAUAUGCAUAUAAUCACUACGGAAAUAGACGAAGAAAUAUCCGAAGAUGAGGAAGAAAUUCUCGUAUAUGUAGAAUUUGAAGGGCUUGUUGAUAGUAAUGUGUUUAGUGAAAAAGAAUUACGAUUGGAUAUGAUCGGUAUAGAUACGGAACAUCCUAUAAUGCAAAUUAAUGGAAAGUUUUAUGAGGGUUCCUAUGAAGAUGUUGUCGGCACUUAUAUGUUUUUUACAAAAAAUGAUAGUCCCAUGGUAGAUGACCCUGUCUUUGAUACUGCUUCAAAUUUUAAAUAUUUUGCUAAAACUAGAAAAUUACUAAAAAUGCAAAGAAUCUUUACAAAGUCUAGAACAGAAGUACUAGGUGAUUCUGAAAAUAAUGAGUGUAUUCCAAAUCCAAAUACACUUAAAGAAGCAGGAAUACCUUCUCAAUAUCAAAAAGAAGCUCUUUUAUUUUGGAAGACUCUGCGAGAUAAUAGGUUAAAUGCAUUACAUUCAUAUUUAGAAAAACAACGAAUCAGACAAGAAAAAAAAUCUCAAGGUAUAAUAUUAGAGUCUGAGUCUGAUGAGGAUAAUCCAUUUGCUAUAUAUAACCAUAAGGAUGAAGUUUCUAAUUUUAAUAAGUCUAUUCAUGUUGAUGCAAAGAAGGAAUUAAGUUACUGUGAUAAUCAAAUUGAUUCAAAAUGUAUGUAUCCUAAAGAAAUUAAUGAUCAAACUUCAAACACUACUGAAGACAAUUGUUAUGAAAAUCAAAAGAAACAUAAAAUUUCAUUAGAAUCUGAAUCUUCAGUCUCAAAAAAUGAUAAUCAUUGUUCAAUGAGAUCUGUAAAAGGUUAUAAGACUAAGCUGGUUCGAAACAAACAACUAAGUGUGAGUCAAAAUAGACAAAGCAAAGAAUUCAAAACAAAACAUAUCUUAUUAGAAAAACAUAUGGAUGAUGAUGAAGAGUCAAGUUUGAAAGACACAUCUGAUAAGUCUAAUAUUGCUAAAAGUUUUAAUUUAUUAGAAAUUAAAGAAAAUGAAAAUACAGAAGGAAAUGAUAGAUGUGAGAUCAUAUCAAAUGAUCAAAUAAAUCCAUAAAAUGUUAAAAUUAUAAAAAAACUUAAAUGAGAAGGAAAGAUGAAAGAAAUUUCACAAUAAUUAAAAUAGUUGCAAAAGGAUAUUUCCAAUCGCAUGCAACAAUAAAUUAACAGGAAUGUACAUAAAGUUAUUGCGAAUAUGUCUAUAAAUUAAGUAAUAUACAAUAACGAAGUUAAUAUCACUGAUAUUCAUUCAAAUGAAUAACAUUUAUUUAUUUCUUAAUCUCUAUUGCUUAAUUUUACUUUUCUAACUUAAUCUAAAAUUAAUAUAGUGGUACUUCUAUACUAAACUUAUUUAUCAAAACAUAACAAAGUAAGAAGUAAGAUAUUUCUGAACAAUAUAUUUCAAUAAAAUAUUAUCAGUUUCUAUUAUUAUAUACCAAAUAGAGUGAAUCUUAUUUAAAUUAAUUUUCAAAUACUGAAUUACUUUUUAACAUUACAUUGUAUUAUAUUAAUCAAUCAAUUAAUAUAUAUAAAGAAAUCAAAUUUUUUAAUGCUGGAGACACGUAUUUCUGAUUUAGACAUGUAUAAUUCACUAUUCAUAAAUACAUAAAUACAAUUUAUUUUUUUACCAUUCCAAAUCACUAGGAAGUUCAUCAGGAUAGUCUCCUGUCAAACAGGCAGUACAAUGACCAAUAUAACUACUUUCACGGUUAUCCAUACCAAAUCUUACGGCUUUUACAAGUCCGUCCACUGAAAGGUAUGUUAAACUAUCAGCUCCAACAUGUUUCGCUAAUUUCACAUUAUCCAAUUUAUUAGCAAUUAAUUCUUCUCUUGUUGGUAUGUUAAUUCCCAUAUAACAAGGAUAUUUUAAUGGAGGGGAAGCAAUUCUAAUAUGAACCUGUAAAGGAAAGAAAGAUUUAUAUAUUAUUUGUUUUUUCAUAAAUUUCAAACUAAUUACAAUACUGGUGAUACAAUAACGUGGAUAUCAAAUUUAAACAAAAUAGCGAAAAAAAGGAUUUACUUCUUUCGCUCCUGCAUCGCGAAGUAACUUAAUAAUAGGUCCAAUAGUAUUUCCUCUGACAAUCGAAUCAUCUAUAAGAAUUAAUUUUUUUCCUUUUACAUUUUCUGAUAAAGCUCCAAAUUUUUUUGCCACGCCAAGUUGUCUAAGUCGUGUACUGGGCUGAAUAAACGUUCGGCCAACAUAUCUAUUCUUGCACAACACUUCCGCAAAAGAUAUUUGAGACUGUGAAUUAAUAAUACAUAUAUGCAGUUAUAUGUUUUAUAUUAUUGUUCAUUGUAAUUAUAAAAUCCUUAUAAAUUAAUAACUCUACCUCUCUGGCAUAACCAUGUGCUGCUGCAGUUCCAGAUUCAGGUACUGAACUAACUAUAUCUGCUUCUACCGGAGAUUCUAAAGCAAGUUCUCGUCCACAUUGCAUGCGAACAGAAUAAACCAUUUGUCCUAUUAUGAGAAAUAAAACAACUUACUAUAAUUAUA